AUGGAUCAUAGCAGCCACGGAUCCAUGGACUCCGACUCUGGGGAUUCCAUGAUGGGCGCCAGCUGCGAAAUCUCUAUGUUAUGGAACUGGAACACAGUCAACUCUUGCUUCAUCUCAAAGUCGUGGCAUGUCACCUCCAAGGGCAUGUUCGCCGGCUCCUGCAUCGGCGUCGUCCUCCUCGGUAUCUGCCUCGAGCUUCUGCGCCGCUCCGUCAAGGAGUACGACCGCUUCCUCCUCCGCCAGCAUAAAGCCCAGUUCCUUGCGACCAGCGCCGGCUCAACUGCCGCCGACACCUCCAAGGCGACUGGUGAGGGCGCUUCCGACUCGGGCGCCGCCGCGUGUGUUGCCAUCCCUGCCUUUAGGCCCAAUGUGUUCCAGCAGGCUAUUCGGGCUCUCUUGCACAUGGUCCAAUUUGCUGUUGCGUACUUUUUGAUGCUGCUCGCCAUGUAUUAUAAUGGGUACAUCAUCAUUUGCAUAUUCAUCGGCACCUAUAUUGGCUCCUUUAUCUUUCAAUGGGAGCACUUGAGCGAAAGGGAAAUACCAGUGCUGCUAAUGAAGCUACUGUCUGCUGCGGAUGAGGUAGCAUCCUCUACCAAGGUAUAG